GGCCUCUUGGGUGCCCAGACCGGUGUGCUGGAGCGGUCUGCAUGCCGUAGUCAAGCCACCUCUCCUGACUGCGGCAGAGCGAUAGGCAGCCACAUCACCAUGGCUGAGGAAAAUUUGUGCUUGCAUGAUUGAUGGCAGUAGAUAUAUUGAGCGUCUCCGGCAUAGCGAUGUUUGCAAAUCGAUUCCGCGCUCAAGUGGCAGGACUUUCCCUCUACCUCCUCAAGAAGUACUCGGGUCAGGGGACCAGCUUGUGUUGACAUUGUUGUUUUUCAGCGGAGCGGGGUCCGAUGAAGAAUGUCGGGCGCAAUUUGUGGCUCGCAGCUUCGUUGUGCCGCCCAGCAUUAAGCUCCCUGGAGUCCCAAACACUGACGGAGCGAGCUGUUGGUCCAGAUUGUGUCGUACCUUGCGGCUUCUACAAGCAACUGUGCUGUGCCGCCAAUCAAGUCUGCUACACUGAUGUCAAUCGUCAGGCGCAGUGCAGCAGUACCGCGGUGACGACGCUCACAGCCCUGGUCAUCAUCUCAACAAGGUCAACUUUAGCGACGACCGUGACGACCUACACGGCGCAAACAGAUACAAUUACCUCUGGCGACCUGAACACCCCGACAUCAACCGCUAUUGUCAUCGCAACAACAACAAUAACGACAGCAGGGCCUGAGAGCUCUGCAGAACCAUCACAGGACAGGAGCGCCGAAUGGCCUCCAUGGAAGAUCGGUUCAGUAGCGACAGGGGGGAUCGUGGGUCUUGCGCUUGCUGUUCUAGUGUGUGCAUGCCUGUGUUGUGGACUGGGGAAGAACUGCUUUAGACGUCGCAGAGUGGACACUGAGGUCCCUGUACAAACCAGCGAAUACCCUGCCACCUUGGACAGCGAGAGAGCACGAGAAGAUCAGAGACAACGCCGGAGUGCCCUUAUACAAGAAAAUAACGUAUUCGUGGCAAGGCAAGAUGAAAAUCCCGUCGUGGCCCACAUACAAGCCCGACAGGCUACUUCGUCCGAUCUUGGAAGUUACGGUUCGGGCCACCGGCCGCCCAUCAACAAUGUGCCGAUGCCACCUCCGUCCGCGUUUUCAACGCGAAAUGAUGGUCCGCUCCGGCGAUCCGCUGGAGCCGCCUCAGCGUAUGGUGUGCCCCUGGACCGUCCGCCACAAUACUCAGGCCCGCUUUGACAAACGUUUUACGCCAAUUCUUCCAGCACCACCACCUUCUAAUGUUGACACUCCACGUCAAAUCGCUGCUCCGCAAUAGGACGACACAAGGUCUUGCUGCAUUUUAAUCUUCAUCAUGGCACCCGGCCAGAUUGUGCCUGUGGCAUAUCGCUGAGGGCCAUGUAUAUGGCGUAUCAGGCUGUUCGCAAGGCUGGGAAUUGAUACUGAGAUACUUCUCACCUUGCGACACUGUCAGGCAGGCGGCGAGGCUGGA